AUGUGGAAGUGGAAAUUAGGAUGCCCAUUCCUCUCUAAUGAUAUGUUAGUUAAAUCCAGACCGGCAUUGCAGAAAAUCGAUAGAAUAUUCAAUAGCCCUCAAAAUAUGGAAGAAUGCUAUUGGAAAGCGAAAGAAUAUCAGCGAAAGGCGUCCAGAUUUAAUGAAAAAAUAGGGUAUGAAGUAGUAAGCGUUAUCAUUGAUAAGAUGAUUAAACACAACUCAAUAUUCACCCUCUCAAAGCCAACGCCGUCAGAAGCAGACGUCAUGAUCAAAAUUUGGGCUGAUAUAUUUAAAGUUCUCUUUUACAGCACUGGAAUAUACAUUCGCUGCUUUAAGCGAAGAAUUAAAGCAUCUGAAGCUACCGCAGCAGCACUUGUCGCCAAGAAUAAGAUUGAAGCGAAGGAAAUCAUUACAGCUUGGUUUGAAAUAUACGAUAAUUAUGAAUAUGCACUACAUGACCUUAAAAGAACUUCUGGCAAGAUUUAUAAGGAUGUAAAUAAGAAGUCAUGCAAACACAGCAAAGACAUUGAUUUGAAACCUGUAUUUGAUCAAGCUGUUGCGAACAAAACUCUCCUUUUUCGCUUGCUAUGUAGACUUCUAUAG